CACCAACACGCAUCACCAGAGUUCGAAGAGUGUGAGAGGAAGAGAUCGAUAUAUGGAGGGGGCAACAACACGUAAGCACUUCGUUCUUGUCCAUGGGAUCGGCCAUGGCGCGUGGUGCUGGUACAAGCUGGUGGUGCUGCUGAGGCUAGCCGGCCAUCGAGUCACCACCCUCGACCUCGCCGCCAGCGGAGUCCACCCGCAGCGCCUCGACGAGCUCGAGUCUUUUGCAGACUAUUCCCGGCCACUGAUGGAGCUGAUGGCCGCCGUCCCUCCCCAUGACCGCGUGGUGCUCGUGGGACACAGCUACGGCGGAGUUAGCUUGGCUCUCGCCAUGGAGAAAUUCCCUGAGAAGAUUCUGGUUGCUGUCUUCGCCACCGCACUCAUGCCCAGCCCCAGCAAUUCAGUGGCGAGCAUUACAGAAGAGUUCUCCAAGGGGCAUCCGCUCGAAGCCUAUAUGGAUUCCACUGUGGAAAUCAGCGAUGACCAACGAGGCUUCUCGCUGGCUUUCGGCCGCAACUAUCUGUCGACCAGAUUGUAUCAGCUCACCCCAGAAGAGGACAUAGAGCUGGCUACCGUCUUGCUGAGACCCGGGAGCUUCUUCUUAGAUGAUCUGAGCAACAACAUGGUCCUCACGGAGGCGAACUACGGCUCGGUGAGACGAGCGUUCAUCGUGUGUAAGCAGGACAAGGCGAUGGUGGAAGACUACCAGCGUUGGAUGAUCAAGCGUUGCCCGGGCGCAGAGGUGAAGGAGAUCGACGGCGCCGAUCACAUGGUGAUGCUGUCAAAGCCCAGAGAGCUCUGCAAUCUCCUUCUUGAGAUCACCGACGAGUACAAGUAACAGAAGGGGUAGUCUUCCCUCUUUAUACCCCAUGCAAAGAGUCACUCCCAAGACAUCAUAAUGCUUUUGGAAUUGUUUUCUUCGCAGACACUACAAAAUAAGACUUGGGGGCCUGUUUGCAUCAAAUAUCCAGUCAAUUUAUCUUUAAUUAGCG